AUGGAUUGUAGCAAAUUGGCAGAAGAUGAGACUCCUGAAUUAGGAAUGGAGUUCAAUAGUGAAAAGGAUGCGUACAAGUUUUACAACAAAUAUGCCUUUAAAAUGGGUUUUAGUGUACGCAAAGACUAUCUAAAUAAAAACAAAGACGGUGUGACUACGUCUAGGAGAUAUAGUUGCUGCAAGGAAGGUGUAAAACGCAAGUACGAAGGUGAUGUGAUGCCAAAGAGAACUCGAGCGCCGACGAAAACGGGGUGUGGAGCUAAAAUGGUUAUCGUGUUGUUUAGAGGGACAAAGAAGUACCGUGUGCAUGACCUUGUCUUAGAACAUAAUCAUGAGUUGCACAUUGUUCAAUGUUCGCACAUGAUGCCAUCACAAAGAAAAGUGAGUGAGGCUCAAGGAUUCCAAGCUGAAAUAAGCGUGGAUGCUGGGCUUUCAUUGAAACAGAGCCACGAGCUUAUGGGAAAGGAGGCAGGUGGGAUGGAAAAUGUGGGAUAUACUCGAGAAGACUUGAAACGAUAUCUUCAUACUCGACGGGAAAGGAGUUUGAAAUAUGGAGAAGCAGGUAUAUUAAUUGACUACAACUUUUUUGAGGAUGUAGUCACAUUCGACACAACAUACAAAACGAAUAAAGAAUACCGGCCACUUGGAGUGUUUGUGGAUUUUAACCAACAUAGACAAAUUGUGAUAUUCGGUGCUGCCCUUAUGUAUGAUGAGACUAUAGAUUCUUUCAAAUGGGCGUUUGGUACAUUUCUAGAAGCAAUGUGCAGAAAGCAUCCAAGUACCAUACUAACCGACCAAGAUCACGCCAUAGCAGCCGCUUUUUCAGUUGUCAUGCCUGAAACAUUUCACGGUCUAUGUACAUUUCACAUAAGACGUAAUUUUAUAAAAUAUCUUGGCAAUCACUACAAGGAAAAUAGUGAUCUUCCAUACAUGUUUGGUGCCUGCAUGUAUGAGUUUGAAGAAGUGGAACAAUUCAAUAGGGUGUGGGAGGCGAUGGUGAAAAAACACAAUCUUGAAAAUAAUGAAUGGCUCUCCGGGUUGUAUCGAAUUCGUGAUAAAUGGGCAAGGUGCAUGAUGAAAGAAAGAUGGACCGCGGGAAUGCGAAGCACCCAACUUAGCGAAAGCCUAAAUGCAGCAAUUAAAAAUCAUUUGAAACUGGAUCAUGACCUUGUGCAGUUCUUUAGACAUUUCAAUCGGGUGGUUGAUGAAAAGAGACAUAAUGAACUAAUCGUAAAAUAUGAAAUGAGGCAAAAGCUCCCUAUGGUAGGGUUAAGGCAAACACCUAUGCUUGUGCAUGCAUCAGAAACGUAUUCAUCAACCGUAUUUGUUGCAUUCCAAAAUGAAUAUGGCGAGUCAACAGCUAUGGUUAUAUUGAGACAAAAAAAUGCAGCGAUAUUUGUGGAGCUUGCGGUCAUGAGGUAUGAUUGA